AGCUGGGGGCGAGUGGGUGGCUGGGAGCCCGCGGACCCCUCCCUCUGAACGCGGUGCCGAAGGGCCCGGCUUGGAGCGGGGGGGGGGGGGGUUGCAACCCUCAUCGUGCUGGGGAGGAGACCCUCGGGAGCUGAGGAAUGCUCCCUGACCUUCUUUGUGUGCUGCUGUGGGGCCCUGCCCUGCACGGUUGGAACCUGCAGGAUCGGAGCUGAGGACGGGGCUCUGCAGCCCUUUGCUUCCCUUUGCUUCCCUCCAGCAUCUCCUGGGUUUGGCACUGAGGUCUUUCCAGGGGAACCCAUCCAGCCCAACCCAGGGGUCAGUGACUGUCUGCUCCUCGUGGGCACCUCGCCCUGAUUAACCAGCUGCCUGCUAACGAAGCACUGAGUAUUCAACAGGCUCAGACCAUCUGCCAUUUAGCCCCAGUUUGGGGGAGCCCCAUAGGGGUGUUGGAGGGCUUGGGGUGCUUGUUUCCUCCUGUCAAGGCUGGGCUCUGGUUUACUAUGCUCAGAUAGGGAGCUGGGGGGUGGAAAUGGGGUGGGGGUCAGCUCCCAGCCAGGUGACAGCAUAGGUGACAGCUCUGCUCCUCUGUGCUGAGCCCCUCUGUCACUGGAGGCUGUAGGAUCGACCCUACUGGCUGGUUGUCAACAGGGGAUGAGGAGUCCCCUUCAGUCCCCUUCAGAGCUGUGCUGGGGCUUUUGUUUGUGUGCUGGAAAUACCAGAUUGUUCCUUUUGGUGACUACAGACCCUGCUGGGGAAAUGUGCCCUGAAGGUGAGCGUGUGGGGCUGAGCAGCAAAACAGAGCCAGUGCAUGCACAGUUUCUGUUUGGGUAGCUUUGGUGCAGCCCCUUCUGGUCAUUCAGGUUUUGGCUCUUAUGGAGAUAAAUCUUGAGAUCUUGGGCUGGAAUACACGUGCAAAAGUUGGUGGUGGUUGAAAUGCUGACGUGUUUUCCCUGGGUGAAUUGACAGACCUGCAGCCCCAGUGUUCCUGCACAGGGUUUCACCAAGGGUCUGGUUUGCUCUGCCAAAUUCACACCCUUGUCAUUGGGAUGGGAGCUUAGGAAAGUCCUGGGAUCAGUGGAGCCCCAUGGCCAAAGGCUCCCCAGGCACAGGCCUGGCUCUGUGGUUGUUGAUGUGUGCUGGGAAGUGUUGUUCCUGGGGUUGGCUCCUGCUUUCCCCUGGCUUUGGCAGCAGCUGGAGGAGGGUGCUGGACACCAGGAGCUGCUGCUGCCAAAGGAGGUUUGGCUAAAAGCUUGUGGCUCUUACAAAAGGCUCUGCUGGUCCCAUCAGGGCUGCUCUUGUGUCUUCUGCUCCUCCUGCUAGUGAUGCUGUUGAGUAAGCUGGAGGUUUAGCAUCUCCACUUCUGGCUGCUGACAGCUCCUGCUGAUAUCUUUGCACCUUGCUGUUUCUGCUCUCCUUGGGAGCCAGCCGCUCUCCUGUUCUGCCCUCUCCAUCACUCCAGCUCUGAACAGGAGCCUCACAGAGGGGAAGAAGGGCUAUUUCUGCUCUUAGGGUAACCUGGGACACUCCUUUGGGGUGGGACUCGGCGUCCUACACUCCCCUCCAUGCUCCUCCGUUGAGAUGCAAAACCCAGUGAAGCCCUGUUCCCAACGUCCUGGAGGAAGCCAUAAAGCCUGGCUGCAGACAGCCACACAAUGGCACCUGGGGAGCAGGGGCUCAGAGUUCAGCCCAGGAGUGCAUGAGCUGGGGAAGGAACUGAAACAAGAGUGGGUUUCCUUGGGAAACUGCUGCUGGCAUUCCUUGUUCCUGGCCAGAAAUAGCCACUUGCCCCCAUGCAGGGGAAAGGGAAAGGACGUGCACAAGGGAUGGGGGCUGAUGGAGGGCGGAAAGCUCAGGGCUGGAGGCAGAGGCGGGUUCAGGAAGCCUGAGCUGAGUCUGUAUUUACUGCUUGCACCCGUCUGUGAGGCAGCAAACCCCUCAGGCCCCAGACAGAAGCCAGUCUCAGGGGAUGAGGAUGAGUCCUCAGCAGCCCUGGAGCUGCUGUCGGGGUGGGGAGCAAUGCUGGCUGUGCUUUAGCAGGUGUUUCCUGGUGCAGAGGAGCUGGAUGGAGGCUGGGAACAGGAGCAGAGCUGUAGGCUCAGUGUCCAGGCAGGAUUCUGCACGUGAACCACGUCCCCAUGUACUCCACAGAGCCUCGUGUGCCCUGGUGUUCAUGGCAGCGUGGGCGCCUUGUAGGACCGAGGAUGCAGCCACAGUGACCCCAGUGAUGGCAGGACCUGAAUUCCACGUCCCUGGGCUGGUGCUGGAGCUGCUGGGCUGCCGGCCUCAGUGGGUUGAGUGCUGCCAGGUGUGGGGAGCUCUGCUUCAUUCAUAAAUCGUGUGGGUGUUUCCUCGUGGAGCCUUGCUCCUCUAGCUGGAAGGGAGCUGGAAACCCAAGCGUUUGGAGGGCACUUGAACCAUUGUUUGAAAGAUCUGUAAUUUUCCAAUCAAACUCCCUCCUUGAGCCUCUGUUCAUCAAAUAUUCAGAGGAUCCAUUUUCUCCUGGCACUUCCAGCCCACGUCUCAGCCUGAAGAAUCAAUCAGGCAGCUCUGCUUGUUCUAAUGCAUCCUGCAUUUUUUUUCGGGAGCCUGGGGCUGCCAUCUCCUCCUCCCACCUCAUCUCCUCCCAAAGCAGCCACUCGGGAUGGGGCUGUGCAGGCAGUGGAGCUGGUGUGGCUCAAAGCAAGCAGCUGGGGGCCCUGGCAUCCCCUUUCUGCUGCUUGCUCCCAAGCAAAGCUUUAUCCAUUCCCUCCUGACCUGCUGGGAGGGAUUUGCCUUUACUGUCGUUCAUUGCUGGACUUGGGCUGUCCCUCUGAUCUGCACCCUGCUGUGAGCAGCAGCACAUCAGGGCAGGGGUUGUAGUUUCCCAGCAGCAGCAGCACUCUGGACCCAAUUUCUCUGGGGUCUGGCUUUUGGCACAGGAACAGCAGUGUAAAUCAGUGCUGCUCCACCUAUUGCCACCCGUGCUGCCACCAGCUGUAUUGGGGCCCAUCUUCCCAGAGCUGCAGGAUGGAGUUUGGCUUGGAAUGAGCCCUCUCCCUUCCUUCUCUUCUGUCUCGGAGCUGAGCUGGUGGGAAUGGAGCAGAGGUCGGGGGGUGGAGGAGCAGCUUGAAACGGCUCUUCACACAUUUGGAUGAGCUAAUGGGAAAAAAAUAGAGGAAGGCAAAUAAACAUUAUUGUUUCAUGUCAGGCGGGGAGGAGACAAAAGGUCAUGGGCUUCCCUUGUGAUGGGAGGAAACAGCGGCAUCAGCAGGGCUGGAAAGAGCUGGAGAGCCCAGGGAGGGAGCACGGGGUGUGCAUGGGGUGCGUGUGCGCUCACAUGUGGGUGAGCAGCUCCAUCCAAGGGCUGCUGCUGCAGGUGUGAGUUCCUGGGGCUCAGUCCCUCCUGCAUCCCAUCGACCUCACCUCUCUGCCACAGCCACGCAGAGCAUCAACAGCUUGAGGAGCUGCCCUGGGAUCGGCGGAGCUGAGACCUGAAUGCACCGGGCAGAAAAGCAUGAAUCUGUUUGCAGGAGCUCACGAGACCCGGGCUGUGGAGGCCAACACGCUUCAGCAGGAGAGGCUGCAGGCCAUUGCGGAGAAGCGAAAACGUCAGACAGAGAUUGAGAACAAAAGGAGGCAGCUGGAAGAUGACCGGCGGCAGCUGCAGCAUCUCAAGUCCAAGGCUCUGCGGGAGAGAUGGCUGCUGGAGGGAGCCCUGUCCUCUGCCUCCGAGGAGGAUGAGGCGAUGAAGAAGCAGAUGCAGGAGGAUGAGGUGAAGACCAAGGAGCUGGAGGAAACCAUCCAGAGGCUGGAGAGAGAGUUGGAGUCACUGGAGAACAGCAGCUCUGCUACAUCCACCAAGGAGAACCUGGCUGAAGUGGUGGCACCAACAAAGGAGGAGAAGGCAGAGAACAUCCCCAGCGUGCAGAAGAGUCCCCUGGGCACAGCCAUAGCUGAGAAGAAGGUCUCCAGCAGCCCCAUGAAGGCGGUGCAAGGCACUGACAUGAUGAAGGCAGCCAUGUACUCAGUGGAGAUCACGGUGGAGAAGGACAGAGUGACUGGGGAGACCAAAGUCCUGUCCAGCACCACGCUUCUCCCCCAGAACCACUGUGUGCAAGGGAUCAAAGUAUACGAGGAUGAGCUAAAAGUGGUGCACGCAGUGAGUGCUGAAGACGGAGCUCUGCAGAACGGGGCACAGCCGCUCAGCUCCUCCGAGGUGGAUGAACUCCUGCACAAGGCAGAUGAGGUGACCCUGGGUGAGGCCACGGCGAGCGGGGAGGCUCCAGGCAGUGCCACAUCCAGCCAGAAGGCAACGCCACGGAGGGAGAUCACGGGGCUGCAGGCGAAGCCGAGGGAAAACUCCACAGAAGGAGCGGAGCCGAGCCGGGAACAGCCGGUCACCAUGAUCUUCAUGGGCUACCAGAACGUGGAGGAUGAGAACGAGACCAAGAAAGUGCUGGGGUUGGAGGGUACCAUCAAAGCCGAGCUGGUGGUGAUCGAGGACGCCGAGAGCAAGCCAGAGCCGGAGAGCAAGGACCACGCACCGCCCAACGGCACCGCGCUGGAGCCGGCGGCCGCCCCGCUGCAGGGGGACGAAGUGCCAGGCGGGCAGAAACCGGACACCAACGCCACGGAAGCCAAGGAGGCUGAGCCAGACAUGGACGCGAAGAAGCAGCGCUGCAAAUGCUGCACGGUGAUGUGAACCCCCCCCCCCCCCGCCGAGCCCCCCCCAGCCCGCUCCCCGCAGGACACAGGGUUACUGACCGGACACGGCGCCCUUCUUGUUUUUCAUAAGAACUGGGGAAAUCCAACGCGGUGUUUGGAAAGCGUUCACCAAACGGCAGCGCAUCGAGGGCCACGGCUCCGCUCCGCCUGCCCGACACCCACUCCGUGCACAUCCCUCCAGUGCUGCGUGUGAUAUUUAUUAGAGACCCCCCCCCUCCCCUUCCCCACACCCCACCGCCCCCUUCCCCACAGCCCUGCCCACCCUGGGUGCUCUCCUGCUGGGACGCCCGGGAGCCUUUCCUCCUUCCUCCAACUAUUUCCCAUCCACCAUCGGAAGACGGCAGCAGCCAGGAGGGCCCGUGCCCACCCAGCCCUGCGUGGCAGCUCUCAUCACUUCUGGCACCUCGUUUCUUCAGCCCAGCUCUAUGCUGUUGUCUGUGCCGUGAUGCUGGGCCAAGGACCGGGCACGGCUCCCCCGGUGCUGGCACCAGCCUGGACCCAGCUGUGCUCUCCUGAAGAUCCCUGCCCCGAUCACACAGACACCACCAGGUACCGAUGUCACCGCUGCUCCACGGCCGUUCCUCCAUCUCGGUGUUGGAUGCUCAGCUGUGUCUGGGUGCCCACUGCCCACCCAGGGGCACGGGGUUGGCAGCGAGAAGUGGGGCAGCUGCAGAUCCCAGCCCACGGGGAUGGGAUGGGAGCUGGAAUUUGCCCGCAGCGCUCGACAGCAGUGGGACGUGGCUCAGCACCGUGUGCCCUCUUGCCAUGGCUGAAGCUGCUCUGGCAGCUUUGCAGAGCUCAUUUUUCUAGCACUUCUGUCAGAUCCCCAGCCCAGCUCGCUCUGGGCUUUUUGUGGUGCCCCCAGGUGCUGCCUCUGUGCCGGUGGUGCAGUGAAGGAUGGGGUCACAGCUCCGUGGCAGCUGCCCUGCUCCCUGCCCUGUGCCCCAGCCGCCAGCAGGGAUCUCACUACCAGCACCAGCGUUUCCUCCCCACUGUGACCUGCUGGGGCAGGAGGAAUUGGGGGGGAGGGUGUCUCUGUGGGUGCUGAGCCUUGUCCUUGGGUGCUGCCCUCACCUCCCCAGGACAGCCCCAUUGCCGGCCCUAGGAUGAGGUGCUUGCUGCAUCCCAUGCUCCACCAGCUAUUGAUGGGCACAAGGCUGUGCUCUGAGCUGUCCCCACAUCCCUGAGUUCUGGCCAAAAGCCUCUGGGAGAGGUGGAACCCCAUGGAGUCAAGAGCAGAGCCUCUGCAGCCUGCUGUGGGAGCCACCAGCAGGGACACAGCCCUGCAGUUCCAGCACUUAGGCAUGGGGUGCUGGGGAGAUCUGCCCCACUCAUCCCUGGGGAUCCAGGCCCCCAGCGGGGCUGCAUGUCACCUCCUUCCACCCCUUCCCUGGGUGCUGACCCCAACUUAGGGCCUCCUCCCACCCUCAGCACCCACUGCUCCUCAGUCCCCCUUGGGCCCAGCACCGACCCCAGGCAGGAGCAGAACCGGGCCCUGCAGGGCUGGGGCUGGGGGGCAGCAGCAGUGAGGACCCGGCCGUGCCCCAGCCCCAGUCUGCAGAGCCUCACACCAUCCCCCCCCCCCCCCCCCAGCUCAGCUGAAGUGCACUUCCUGCGCUCCCGUGCUUUUUACCUGUGAUGAAGCCG